GAGGGAAACUCAAGGCCAAACAAUCUUCUAGCUGGCGUUCCUGGCGAGGCUUGAGUUGUAUACUGAGUCCUUUGGCUACCGAUUCUAGCAUAAAUACGCUAUGCUAAAUGAUACCAACGGCCCCGCAUGGUUCGGUUCAGCAUGUUUCGGUCACUUCUUAGGUUCCCCACCAAGUCCCGUGGCCAUGAAGACGCAGAGAAGGAACUCGUUGAAGUCAUGGACCUUUUCUCCGAAUACCCAUUACACCUGGCAGAGGCUGACAAGACUGAGUUCACGAAUGAACAUGACAGACUUCAGCAUGAAAUUCGGUUGUAUAAAACCGGAGAACCUACAGCAGAACGGAGAAAUGUAGAUAUAAUAUUGGGUGACUGCAGAGCCCUCAAAUGCAAAAAGACGAUUGAUGAUCGUAGGGUAGCUUAUGUGAGAGGAGAAGUUUCAGUACUCGCAGGUGUAGGUGGACCUGGAGGCCACCAGAAGUCGAACCCACCACCUGCCAGAGAUGCAUCAGAGACAAAAUCUAGCCACCCAGAUCAACCACCGAACGUCAAGACCGUAGCGUCGCUUCCUACAACAUCAGCAGCUACGUUGCCCACUGAUAAGACUCGUUUCAAACCUCAGUCAGGUGUCCCUUCGGUUAACCCUCGUUCUGGCCUCCCUCAAAGUGAGCGACCUUGCGAUCCAAAAGUUAAAUUCUGAAACAUUUUUAAUCAGGCCAACAUAUUCCUAUACACGCUAACUUGAAGCAGACAAUUUCCCAAGUAACGUCAGGAAUCUCGUGUGAAGUGGACUCGAUGGUCAUGGUGGGCACCACUGCGAAGUGUCCCACUCUGAAUAUCGACUCCCCAGGUUGCACCGGUGCUAAAAUCCUCUCGCACGGGCCCCAGGUUGCUCAGCAGGUACCUCAGCAGAUACCUCAGCCCGCUCGCCCUCGCCGAGCUGUUGGUAGGCGUG